UGUUUUCAUCAGGCCAAAUAUGUUGGAAAUCUUUCUUGCUUUAUGCAUCAUUUGAAAUGUUGGAGUUUGUCUGAAUACUUAUGAGCUUUAUCUACAACUUGAAAGCUGAGCAGCUCUAUCUGUGAGGCUUCGCUUGAGAAUGGCUCCUGAAGUAGUUUAAUUAUCUUUUGAAAUGAUUUAAAUCAGUUACUCCUAACCAUGUGGUUUAUAUUGUAUAGCCUAUGCUUUUUACAUAUGAUCAAUGACCAACUGAAUAAAGUCGUAAUUCUUACCAUUUUGGUUUUCUGGAAAAUUAAAUCGUGACCAUUCUUAUCAUUUAGGUUGUGGAAAUAAUUAUCUUUUCACCCGAAGUCAUGUUAUUUAGCCUGCACAUGUUGAUACUGUAAUCAUUUUUCUUUCAUAUAUAAUCUUGAGUGAAUUCUCUUAUGCUUUUUCUGCCUUCUUUUUUUUUCUUUUCUUUUCGUGAAGCUAUGUCUCUCUGUUGUCGGAUCACAAAUUUAAAAGUCAGGAGCGGUGCUUCUUCCACCCUUUAUCGUAUGACAUGUCAAUCUGCUAACCCAUCGGUUGGGAAGGAUCAACCGCCUGAUCUUGCCUGCUUUGUUCCGUCAGGUUCCACAGUGUUGCCAGACCCUCCACAACCAGCAACUUCCUCAAAAGGUCAUGUAGAAAUUCAAGUUUCUGUGGAUAACAAAUCAACAGCAAGUACAGUGAACUCUUCUAAGCCAUCCACUAGUGCAAAAAGAACUAAGGACAAACAGGUCAAUGGUGUAAAUGUGACGAAGACCGUAACACAUGUUCAAAGUUUGGUUGAAGAUUUACUUGAUAAAACAUCUUCUCUAUUACUUUCAGAGAUCACCGAGGAGACAAUUGCGAAACAUGAAGGACAAUUGGGAACUAAGGUAUCAGAUAGUAUCAGAAGCCGACUGCGAGAAGAUUUUGAGAGAACCCUUACGAUCCUUAAAUCCACCGCAUAUACUGAAGGGUUUUCUGCUGGCAAGCGCCAUUAUCCACACCGUACAUACUGACGAUUGUUUGAGUUCUUUCUCCCAUUCUCCGUCGCAAGAGAGUGCAGAGUCAAACUGCUCUAGGUUUGAAUCAUUUUUAUGCUCUGCUAUAUUUCGAAUGCUCUUUUCUACAUUUGAUAGAAUAGGUAUGUGACCAUUUAAAACUUUAUGACAUGCUUCCUUUCUAAAACUAAUGUUUUUGCGAGUGUGUUUCGUGUUUACGAUUUAUGAUGCUGAUAACAAAAUCUGGCUAGUGCAUUUGACUUAAUACUCAGCUCAUCAGUACGUUGUCUUCCGAUGACAGAACAGCUUAUUUGUAGGGUUAUAACAUGAACCUAUGCAGAAGUGUUUAUAUCGGUUAUGUACACAUACAUAAUUAAGACAUUCACGACAGUAUCAGACAAAUAAUGUCGAGCAAUAGAUAGUAUUUUGGUUGAAGGUGUACGGUUUCUGCUGCAGCGUUGAGUUCCGUUUGGUUGAAGAUGUGUCAUUACGGUUAAAACACGGACCAGUUUGAUUUUAAGCAAUUUCGAUCAAGCCAGAUUUAUGCUGAACUUGGAGAUAGAGAUGAGUCUAUGAUCGUAGGGACGCAGAGGAUUACAACCCAAAUUUAUUGAAACAUGAAAUAACAGCCAAUGUUAAUAACAGCCACUUUUGAGGACUACAAAAAAGGCGAGAACUCCACCAUGGAUCAGCCGCAUCAAAAUACAAUUUCUCUUUAGGACUUUUUGUUUCCCUAAAAUUGGAACCGUAGCAGUGCUCUAUCCAUUUAUUCACUCGACCAA